GAUCUUCCUCGUGAUCCGUGACCGUAGCUCUCUCAUUUCCUUUUCACUUCUCCUAGUCGAAGGGCGCUACCACUUCUUCUUCUUCUUCUACUACACUACCUGAGAGCAGUACCGCAUUCUCAUCGGUUGGCUCCGACUCGUUCUGGAAUUCGGGCUCCGUUUUCCCGUGUUCCUGACCUGAAUGCGGGUUUCCUUUAUUGAUCCUUUGAGCUUGAUGCGUGACUGACUGAUCGGAGCUGGGUUAAAGGAGCUUUCUUUGCACAAGAUGUCAGGCCCACUGGACCGGUUCGCCAGGCCUUGCUUUGAAGGGUUCUCUGGUAGCGAUGAGAGAAAAGAAAGGAAAUCUGAUUUUGAAAAUUCUGAGGACGAAAGGAGGUUUAGAAUUGGGUCUCUGAAAAAGAAAGCGAUCAAUGCAUCUACCAAAUUUAAACACUCUCUCAAGAAAAAGAGUAGAAGAAAAAGUGAUGGUCGAGUCAGCUCUGUUUCUAUUGAGGAUGUUAGGGAUGUUGAAGAGCUCAAGGCUGUUGAUUCAUUCCGACAAGCACUGCUCUUGGAUGAACUGCUACCAGAGAAACAUGAUGAUUACCAUAUGAUGCUGAGGUUUUUGAAAGCAAGGAAGUUUGAUAUUGAGAAAGCAAAGCAUAUGUGGGCUGAUAUGCUUCAGUGGAGGGAGGACUUCGGUGCUGACAACAUUAUGGAGGAUUUUGAAUUCAAAGAGUUGAAUGAGGUUUUAAAGUAUUAUCCUCAUGGUCACCAUGGUGUGGACAAGGAGGGAAGGCCUGUUUACAUUGAAAGACUGGGAAAAGUUGAUCCUAACAAACUUAUGCAAGUUACAACUAUGGAUCGCUAUAUAAAAUACCAUGUGCGGGAGUUUGAGAAAAGCUUUACCAUAAAGUUUCCAGCUUGCACCAUUGCUGCAAAGAGGCACAUAGAUUCAAGCACUACAAUCUUAGAUGUUCAAGGCGUGGGCUUUAAGAACUUCACAAAGUCUGCACGGGAACUCAUCAUGCGGCUGCAGAAAAUUGAUUGUGACAAUUAUCCGGAGACUCUUUGCCAAAUGUUUAUCAUCAAUGCUGGCCCUGGGUUUAGGCUGCUAUGGAACACCAUAAAGACUUUUCUAGAUCCCAAGACAACUUCCAAGAUUCAUGUUCUUGGAAACAAAUACCAGAACAAAUUGCUUGAGAUAAUCGAUGCCAGUGAAUUACCAGAGUUUCUUGGUGGCUGCUGUACCUGUUUAGAUCAGGGAGGUUGCCUCAGGUCUGACAAGGGGCCAUGGAGAAACCCUGAUAUAUUAAAGAUGGUGCUUAAUGGUGAAGCACGGCGUGCUAGGCAGGUUGUGAAAGUUUUAAACAGUGAGGGGAAGGUUAUUGCCAUUGCUAAGCCACAUUGCCCAAUGCAGUUGAGAGGUAGUGAUACUUCCACUGCUGAAUCAGGAUCUGAAGCUGAAGACAUCACUUCACCAAAAGCAAGUAAGAGUUAUGCACACCUUCGAUUGACUCCUGUUCGUGAAGAGGCUAAGGUCGCUGGAAAGGCAAGCUUUGCUGGUAGGUUCUCGGGUUAUGAUGAAUAUGUUCCAAUGGUUGAUAAGCCUGUUGAUGCUGGUUGGAAGAAGCAGAUGCCACUCCAUAAGCCUUAUGCUCCCAAAGGGACACUUCCUCUUCCCGAGACCCAAAAGACACCUGAAGGGAUUCGUGCUCGGAUGCUGGUGGUGAUUAUGACCUUCUUCAUGAUCCUUCUCACUCACUUCCGUUCAGUGGCUGGUCGUCUGACAAAGAAGCUUUCUGAAACACCAAGUAAUCAUGAGCAAAAUACUCAUUCCUUGACGGUUGAUGGAACUGACAAAGAGGAUUUUCACACCCCUUCACCAACUCCAGCUCACACUGAGGCAGAUCUCCUGUCUUCUGCGCUGAAGAGGUUGAGUAAGCUUGAAGAGAAGGUUGAUACACUCCAAUCAAAGCCAUCUGAGAUGCCUUCUGAGAAAGUGGAAUUGCUUAAUGCUGCAGUUUAUCGCGUGGAUGCCUUAGAGGCAGAGCUAAUUGCAACUAAAAAGGCUCUGCAUGAAGCUUUAAUGCGGCAAGAAGAAUUGCUUGCUUACAUAGACUCCCAAGAGGAAGCCAAGUUGCGGAAAAAGAAGUUUUGCUGGUAAGAUGUUUGGCCGACGACAAUGCUACAGGAGAAGAUCCGUUUCUUAGUGCUUUGGAUACGCAAUCUUGAACAGUGCAUCAAUGAGAAACAGACCUCGUUGUCAAGAUGUAAAGAAUAGCAUUGAUAUACUGAAACUGUCAGCAGUUUGUUUUAAUGUUUUUUGUUUUUUGUUUUUUUUUCAAACGUCGUACCUCCCAUGUAAUGUUCGGAAAGAGUGGACUUCUCAACCGUUGAGUUUUCAUAUCUUUGACUUUUAGGGCCUUAGAGAGUUGAGAUCAUUAGAUUUAAACAUUUGAUGGGAGAGUUAUCCAACUUUAAUGAAUCACUUUUGUGUCUCCAA